AGAGUAUCCCAGAGUCGGAAGAUCCUGAAUUUGAAGCCUGUUUCUCCCAUUAUUAUAUGGCUUUUAGGAAGGGGAACCAUCUGAAGAGAAAGGGUAGGUAGACUCAGAAGACCAGUGGCCUUAUAAAACCGUAAUUCCGGCCAGGUGUGGUGGCUCACGCCUGUAAUCCCAGCACUUUCGGAGGUUGACGCGGGGGCGGAUCACGAGGUCAAGAGAUCAAGACCAUCCUGGCCAACAUGGUGAAAACCUGUCUCUACUAAAAAUACAAAAUUAGCCGGGCGUGGUGGCGCAUGCCUGUAAUCCCAGCCACUCGGGAGGCUGAGGCAGGAGAAUCCUUUGAACUCAGGAGGCGGAAGUUGCAGUGAGCCCAGAUAGCGCCACUGCACUGCAGCCUGGGCGACAAGAGCGAUACUCCAUCUCAAAACCAACCAACCAAACAAACAAAAACAAAGAUUGUAAAUAUUUGUUUGGUUUGCACUGGAAAGAGAAGGCUUCUCCUUAGAGUCUGAAUCAAGGAGGAAAAGGAAAGAAAACAAGUUCAUCUUUCAUCAAAAGUCUACUUUGCGUCGGACACUUAAAUUCCUAAAUGGGGAGAAAUGCAAAAAACUCUGACUCUUCAGAGUCAUAACUAACAUUAUCUUGGGCCACAAGCUUAUCAAGAGUGCAAUACAAGUCAGUGUCUUCUCUUUUCUACUUAAAAGAAAAUUCUCGUUUUUAUUUAUUACUUUAUUGCAAGGAGAAGCAGACAAUAAGUAGGAGUCUUAUGAGGCGUUCUGAUGCAUAGGAGCAAUGGUGAAUGAGGGUGGUGACUCACCACCCCAUGGGACUCCAAGGUUUUGGUGACAGCUCGCCUGAGCCCCAGGGGGUGCCGAGAUUGCGGCGAGGAGAGCCGCAGCCCAAGGCAAAUCCACGCAGUUGGUCCCCGCCACGCCCCCGUAGUCACCCGCAGCCCCUCGCCAAAGGGCGCUCCGCGCAUGCGCACAGGAUCCGGCUCGGGAGGCGGACCCUGGCUGCCAUCUUGCAAUGCGCGGGAACCGCCGCCGCCGCUGGCCAAAAAGCGGAGGCCAGGGGAAGCGUGUCCUGCUCAGACCGCCUUCCUUCUCCAUUGCCACCCGUGCCGAACAGCCAGGCUGCCCAACUGCAACUGUAGACCAAUGAACUAACUGCAACUGUAGACCAAUGAACUAAUCCAUCGCCCGCAGCCCGACUCUCAGCAGCGGUUCGUCCCGGUGCCCACCCCCGCGAAGCGGAGCGCCCGGGCACCUAGCCUCCCUGCCGGCCACGAUGCCGAACGUGCUGCUGCCGCCCAAGGAGAGCAACCUCUUCAAACGCAUCUUGAAAUGUUAUGAACAGAAGCAGUACAAAAAUGGCCUCAAGUUUUGCAAGAUGAUUCUGUCGAACCCAAAAUUUGCUGAACAUGGAGAGACUUUGGCUAUGAAAGGAUUAACACUGAACUGUUUAGGAAAAAAAGAAGAAGCUUAUGAAUUUGUUCGUAAAGGACUUCGUAAUGAUGUCAAGAGUCAUGUCUGUUGGCAUGUAUAUGGACUCUUGCAGCGUUCUGAUAAAAAAUAUGAUGAAGCUAUAAAAUGUUACCGAAAUGCCCUCAAAUUAGAUAAAGAUAACCUGCAAAUUUUGAGGGAUCUCUCACUGUUGCAGAUCCAAAUGAGAGACCUUGAAGGUUACCGAGAGACAAGAUACCAGCUUCUUCAGUUGCGCCCCACACAGCGUGCCUCCUGGAUUGGAUAUGCUAUUGCAUACCAUUUGCUGAAAGAUUAUGAUAUGGCCCUAAAACUGUUGGAAGAAUUUAGACAAACACAGCAAGUUCCUCCAAACAAAAUAGAUUAUGAAUAUAGUGAACUGAUAUUAUACCAGAAUCAAGUGAUGAGAGAGGCAGAUCUGUUUCAGGAAUCUUUGGAACAUAUAGAAACAUAUGAGAAACAAAUAUGUGAUAAACUUUUGGUGGAAGAAAUUAAAGGGGAAAUACUGUUGAAAUUGGGAAGAUUAAAAGAAGCCAGUGAAGUGUUCAAAAACUUGAUUGAUCGGAAUGCAGAAAAUUGGUGUUAUUAUGAAGGCUUGGAAAAAGCUCUACAAAUUAGCACUUUAGAAGAGAGGCUUCAGAUUUAUGAAGAAAUUAGUAAGCAGCACCCCAAAGCAAUUACACCCAGAAGAUUACCUUUGACUCUUGUCCCAGGUGAAAGAUUUAGAGAACUAAUGGAUAAGUUCCUGAGGGUUAACUUCAGUAAAGGCUGCCCACCCUUGUUUACUACUUUGAAAUCUUUAUAUUACAAUACAGAAAAGGUUUCUAUAAUCCAGGAACUUGUUACUAAUUAUGAAGCCUCUCUUAAAACGUGUGACUUUUUUAGCCCAUAUGAGAAUGGGGAGAAGGAACCCCCGACAACACUACUCUGGGUUCAGUAUUUCCUGGCACAGCACUUUGAUAAACUUGGACAGUAUUCUUUGGCUUUGGAUUAUAUUAAUGCUGCAAUUGCUAGUACUCCAACUCUAAUAGAAUUAUUCUAUAUGAAAGCAAAAAUUUACAAGCAUAUAGGUAAUCUCAAAGAAGCUGCAAAGUGGAUGGAUGAAGCACAGUCUUUGGACACAGCUGAUAGAUUCAUCAAUUCCAAAUGUGCAAAAUACAUGCUUCGAGCAAAUAUGAUAAAAGAAGCAGAGGAAAUGUGCUCCAAGUUCACAAGGGAAGGAACAUCUGCCAUGGAAAAUCUAAAUGAAAUGCAGUGUAUGUGGUUUCAGACAGAAUGCAUUUCAGCUUAUCAGCGUCUGGGGAGAUACGGGGAUGCCUUGAAAAAGUGUCAUGAAGUAGAAAGGCAUUUUUUUGAGAUAACUGAUGACCAAUUCGACUUCCAUACAUACUGCAUGAGAAAGAUGACCCUUCGUGCCUAUGUUGACCUUUUGAGAUUAGAAGAUAUACUCAGAAGACAUGCCUUUUAUUUCAAGGCUGCUAGAUCAGCGAUUGAAAUAUACUUGAAAUUGUAUGAUAAUCCCUUAACCAAUGAAAGCAAACAACAAGAAAUAAACUCAGAAAACUUGUCAGCCAAAGAAUUGAAGAAAAUGCUUAGCAAGCAGAGAAGAGCUCAGAAAAAGGCUAAACUAGAAGAAGAAAGAAAGCAUGCAGAAAGAGAACGUCAACAGAAAAAUCAGAAGAAAAAAAGAGAUGAAGAAGAAGAAGAAGCCAGUGGCCUUAAGGAAGAACUUAUACCUGAAAAAUUAGAAAGGGUAGAAAAUCCAUUAGAGGAAGCCGUUAAGUUCCUUAUACCUCUUAAGAACCUUGUUGCUGAUAACAUUGACACUCAUCUGUUAGCAUUUGAAAUAUAUUUCAGAAAAGGAAAGUUUCUGUUAAUGCUGCAGUCUGUCAAACGAGCUUUUGCCAUUAACAGUAAUAACCCAUGGUUACAUGAAUGUUUAAUUAGAUUUUCUAAAUCUGUGUCUAAUCAUAGUAAUCUUCCAGACAUUGUGAGCAAAGUUCUAUCUCAAGAAAUGCAGAAAAUAUUUGUCAAAAAGGAUUUGGAAAGUUUUAAUGAGGAUUUUCUGAAACGUAACGCUACCUCUCUUCAGCAUCUACUUUCAGGUGCUAAAAUGAUGUAUUUUCUGGACAAGUCAAGGCAGGAGAAAGCAAUUGCUAUAGCCACUAGACUAGAUGAAACUAUAAAAGAUAAAGAUGUAAAGACAUUAAUAAAGGUUUCUGAAGCACUGCUUGAUGGCAGCUUUGGGAACUGUAGUUCCCAAUAUGAAGAAUAUAGGAUGGCCUGUCAUAACCUGCUUCCUUUUACAUCUGCCUUCUUGCCUGCUGUGAAUGAAGUCGACAGUCCUAAUGUGGCACUGAACCAUACAGCUAAUUAUGAUGUCUUGGCAAAUGAAAUUUGAAAUCUUCUAGAAAGUAGACUCCUAUAGACUCAAAGCUGAAUUGAGAUCAGGGUUUCUUUUCCAGGGUGCAUUUUAAUAUACGUAUGAAAUGAAAUAUUUGGUUAGGAUUUUUAAAUGGCAUAUUCUGUAAGCUUAUUUUGUUCUUUACCCGACCUGCCAAUUUACAUAACCAUCUGUUAAAAUUACCUGUUUAUUCUUACACAGUUUUGUGGUAGCUCCGCUUGCUUCUGUAUAAUUAUGAUAAUUUCUUACUAAGCUAAGUUGUAUACAACCCCACUGUAUUAUUUUCUUUAGAUUCUGAUUUCAGGAUCUGUGCUUUGAUUCCUUGUCUGUUUUAUCGUAUAUUUGCUUGCUUUUUAAUUAAAGCACAUCAGUUUUAAAGUGUUAACUAUAUGUUAAAAACAAUAUGGAGGCUGGGCGUGGUGGCUCACACCUGUAAUCCCAGCACUUUGGGAGGCCCAGUCUGGCGGAUCACCUGAGGUCAGGAGAUCGAGAUCAGCCUGGCCAACAUGGUGAAACCCCUUCUCUACUGAAAAUACAAAAAUUAGCCAGACGUGAUGGCACGCACCUGUAAUCCCAGCUGCCCAGGAGCUGAGGCCGGAGAAUCGCUUGAACCUGGGAGGUGGAGGUUGCAGUGAGCCGAGAUCAUGCCACUGCACUCCAGCCUGGGCAACAGAGCAAGACUCCAUCUCGAAAAAAAGGAAUUCCUCUUGGCAGAUACUGAAGUUUAUUUGAAAAUUUAAUUCGUCCUUUUUUCACUGUAAUAUUUCAUGGUUUACUAUUUCCUUUGUAGUAUUCAUGAAAAUGGUAUUUUCUGGUUGAAUAAGGGUACUCUAGUUUUAUGUAGAUGAUUUCAGAAUGUGAAGGCUGGUUUGCCUGUCAGUCAUGGAAAUUCACUGGUAAAAUUGUUGCAUAUUUCUCUCUCCCAGUCUUAAAAGCCCACAGGCAAGAAUUAAUGCUUUCUUAACUAAGUUACUUCGAGUGUUAACAAGUAGCUUAUACUGAGGUGUGCUUCAAGGGAGCAUUAUAGGGCAGAAAACAAAUUAAAAUGAAACGUUGUUAUUAUAGCCAUGCAUUGACCAUUAAAUGCGUUUUUAUAUCUUGGCAAAAUGAGAUUUGAAACUCAUUAGUUUAACUCUUAAAACAUAGUGUUGUUAAACAGUAUUUUUUGGGGGCGGGUGGAUAGCUUUUUGUUCUAUCUUGUACAGAAAACAGUAAUGGAAUCACUCAUGUUCAGAACCUUGUAAAUAUGUCUAAUAUUAAUGCUUCCCUUUAUUAAGACAAAUAUACAUUCAAAAAGGGAGAUUUUAUUUAGACACAUUUUCUUUUCACCCUAAUCUAUUUAGAUUCAUACUUAUUGAGACGGGAAAAACUCACUGUAAAAUAAUGCCAACCUAGAUAAUGCUAUAAUAAAUUAUUUUGUACACA